ACUGAGUGGCGGUUGAACACAGUCACAGAGCACAUUUUCAAAACAAGAACGAAUACUGCUGGAUGACAGAACAUCACACUAACAACACACACUGAAGAAAACCACUUGCAGUGGUGUCUGCUCAACAAAAUAAUACAGACACUUGGCGACACAUGACUGAGGACCUGGCUGGAGUCAAGACAGAGGGAUAAUUUGUAAGAGGCGGGCUGACUCCUAUGCAACCAUGCUGAAAUCUUUCAACCUCUUGAAGCAGCUUGGCUCUGUGGGGAAGUCACAGGAUGCCACAGAUCUUCUCACAGAAGAUCUGGUUAUGGUGGAGCAGCGGGUGGAGCCAGCCAAGAAGGCAGCGCAGGUUAUUCACAAGAAGCUGCUMGGCUGUCUGCAGAGUCAACUCGGGCUGGACACAGAGAGAAGAAUGAAAAAACUCCCUCUCAUGCUGCUCUCUGUUAGCAUGGCUGAGAGCUUUAAAGACUUUGAUCCAGACUCUUCUAUCAGGAAAGUAUUGGAGAUGUGUUGCUUCAUGGAGAGUCAUCUGGCCGCAACACUGUCUGACUUUGAGCUGAAGCUGGAGAAGGAGGUUUUGGAACCUCUCAAUAAACUCAGUGAGGAAGACCUUCCAGAGAUUCUCAAAAACAAGAAGCAGUUUGCCAAACUCACAAUGGACUGGCACAAUGCACGCAACAAGUCCCAGGCUAGUACAGGACCUCAGGCAAAACAGGAUGGGCUGAAAGAGGAGGUGGAGGAGGCCUGGAGGAAACUGGAGAGCAUCAAGGACCAAUACUCUGCAGAUCUGUAUCACUUUGCCACUAAAGAAGAGGCCUAUGCCAACUACUUCAUUCGUCUGCUGGAACUACAAGCAGAACAUCAUAAGAAUUCCCAUGAUUUCCUCGAACGAAACAUCAGUGAGCUGAAAGACAACCACAGUCAAACAGACUCCCAGGAAAAUAACUAUAAGGGGAAGGUAUACGGGGAGCCCCUGCUGACUCAUCUGUACAACAGCGGCAGGGAGAUCGCUGUUCCCAUCCAGGAGUGUGUUCACAUGCUGCUGCACACCGGCAUGAGAGAGGAGGGUUUGUUUCGUCUGGCAGCAGCAGCCUCGGUAGUGAAGAGACUGAAGAGCAGUCUGGAUGGAGGGGUCGUGAACCACAGUGAAUUCACUGACCCUCAUGCAGUCGCAGGGGCUUUGAAAAGCUACCUGAGAGAGCUGCCUGAACCACUCAUGACCUUUGAACUCUACAAUGAUUGGUUUCAAGCAGCAGGGGAGAAAGAAUUGACAGACAAACUUGAGCAGUUUAAAAUUGUGCUGAAGAAGUUACCAUCAGAAAACUACAACAACCUCCGGUACCUGGUACAGUUCCUGUCGUGUCUGUCAGAGCAGCAGGCGGUCAACAGGAUGAGUCCCAGUAACAUUGCCAUAGUACUGGGUCCCAACCUGCUGUGGCCUCGCAUGGAGGGGGAGGCAGCGCUGUUGGACAUGGCAUCUGCCUCCUCCGUCCAGGUGGUGGCGGUGGUUGAGCCUCUCAUACAACACUCCAGCAGCCUGUUUCCAGAAGAGGUGGACUUUGAGAUUCCUGAGCUUCCUGGGGUCCCAGAUUUGAAAAUGUUAGAACCUCAAACUUCAGAGUCUGGGAAAGAGAACCUUGCCAGAAUUACCUCCUCCUCUUCAUCAUGCGCGUCCUCUUCCUCUUCUCAUUCUUCUCUCUGUAAAACAAUCAGCUCAACAUCUCAGGACAGUGGAGGUUUUUUCAUCAUUAAGUCAGGCUCCAUUGGUCGUAGAACCACCACCUGGGGGAACCCUGACUCAGACCCACCAUGCUCAACCUCACUUAACCCUACCCCAGUCCAUACCCAGAGCCCGUCCCCUGUCCCAAGCCCGACACUGGUCCAAAACCCAUCCUCACUACCCAGCCCCAAACUGGCACCUGGCCCAACCCCGGUUCCCUCCCCACCACCAGUGUCUGUCUGCAGUCCGACCCAGAAGCAGAGCCCUGAAUCGGGCUCACUAGAACCCAUCCUAGAGGCCCCACCGGACUCCCCCAGAGCUAUACUGAAGAUCACCUUACCAUACAAACCGAGGAAAUCUUUCCUUCAACACAUGCCGCCCAUCCAGAGUAAAGAGCAGGUGACCGUUACAUACUCCAAACCCAGGGUCCCAACACCUCUAGCACCAGCAGAGGCACCCAAAACCCAGCUACUACCUGCACCCAAGCCCCUAGCUCCGGUCCUGAAGAAGACCCUAAGCAAAAAGGGUGCAAUUAGGCCCCCCCAAAUCCCACCUCCCAAGCCCCCAGUAUUGGAAAGAAAACAGGUGACCUCUAUAGCGCAGUGAGGGGGUAGAGAUACACUAUAUACUGUAUACAAAAGUAUGUGGACCCCUUCAAAUUAGUGGAUUUGGCUAUUUCAGCCACCCAUUU